GUUAAAGCAAAAAAAAAAAAGAGACUCCACGGCAGCACUAUAAUGAUCUUUCCUCGAAUGUCACUUCAUGCUCCCGAUUCUGUUCUGCUUUUUCUCUCCCACAGUUAAAGCUCGAGCUGUUCUACUUCAAUUACACUCAAGCACAAUCUUCAAUCGCUAUUUUUUUUUUCUUCAGCUCUUGCAAUUCAUGAUUCUUGGCCCUCGAGAGUCCAUACUGUUAAGAGCAGUGAUCAGUUGUAAUCCUUUAAUUCGUUGCAAAACAGAAAUAUGGGGCAGAAUAAUUGGGAAGCUGAUAAGAUGCUUGAUGUGUAUAUUCAUGAUUACCUGUUGAAGAGAAAAUUGCAUAAUUCUGCAAAAGCUUUUAUGACUGAAGGGAAGGUUGCCACAGAUCCAGUAGCCAUUGAUGCACCUGGAGGAUUUCUAUUUGAAUGGUGGUCUGUAUUUUGGGACAUAUUUAUUGCAAGGACAAAUGAGAAGCAUUCUGAAGCUGCUGCAGCUUAUAUAGAGGCACAGCAAAUCAAGGCAAGGGAGCAGCAAAUGCAAAUGCAACAGUUACAAUUAAUGCAACAUCGCAAUGCUCAGAUGCAACGCAGGGACCCUAAUCAUCCAGCUCUUGCUGGUUCUAUAAGUGCUAUUAACUCUGAAGGAAUGAUGGGGCAGCCAUCAGCCAGUGUCUUGGCUAUGAAAAUGUAUGAAGAGCGAAUAAAACAUCCACGUCCUAUGGACUCAGAGUCGUCACCAGCUCUAUUAGAUGCUAAUAGAGCAGCCCUCUUCAAAUCAGCAACCAGUCAUCAGACCCAGCUGGUACCUGGUAAUUCUGGGAACAUAUCUGCAGCUUUGCAACAGAUCCAGGCACAAACCCCAUUGACAACUGACAUCAAGAGUGAAGUUAACUUGGGCCCAACUCAAAAAAGUUUGCCUAUGGAACCCUCAUCAAUCUAUGGACAAGCAAUUUUACAAUCAAAGUCCGGACUCGGUGGUGCAGGGUUGAACCAAGGUGUAACUGGUCUUCCACUGAAGGGUUGGCCAUUAACUGGAAUUGACCAAUUACGGCCAGCUUUGGGUGUACAAAUGCAGAAACCUAAUCUGCAGACCCAAAAUCAGUUUCUUUUGGCUUCACAACAACAACAGGUCUUGGCACAGGCUCAAGCACCAAGCAGCCUUGGGAAUUCAAGUAACUUUGGAGACAUGGAUCCACGAAGGCUAAAUCAGUUGCCUAGGGGUAGCUUGAAUACAAAAGAUGGUCACUCCACAAGAAAUGAUGGAUCAAUAUGCUCUCCUGUGCAAUCAAGCUCGCCGAAGAUGAAGAUGGCCCAAAUGCAGCAUUCUUCAUCUCAACAGCCAGGCCAAUUGCAGCAGCAACAGGGUAACAGGAAAAGGAAGCAGCACUCUUCAUCUGGAGCUGCUAACAGCACUGGUACAGGGAAUACUGUGGGUCCUUCACCCAAUUCUCCUCCAUCAACUCAUACCCCUGGUGAUGGAAUAACAACAGCAAGCAGUUUGCAGCAUGUUAACAGUGUGUCGAAAGGCUUGAUGAUGUAUGGUCCAGAGGGGACGGGAGGUCUUGCAUCAUCUUCCAACAUGCUGGAAGACAUGGACUGCUUUGGAGAUAUUGCUAGUCUGGAUGAUAAUGUGGAACAGUUUCUUCCACAUGAUGGAGGAGAUGGAAGCAAUUUAUAUGGAACAUUAAAGCAAAGUUCCACCGAGCACCAAAAAGAAUCUACUAAAGGUUUUACUUUUGGUGAGGUUGGUUGCAUACGGACAAGGAAUAGCAAGGUCACUUGCUGUCAUUUUUCUUCAGACGGAAAGUUGCUAGCCAGUGCCGGGCAUGACAAGAAGGUUGUCCUGUGGAACAUGGAUACCCUACAAACGGAGAACACCCCUGAAGAGCACAAACUAGUUAUUACAGAUGUUCGUUUUAGGCCAAAUUCAUCUCAGUUGGCCACAGCAUCAGUUGAUAAAUCUGUGUGGCUAUGGGAUGCAGCCAAUCCAAGCUAUUCCCUGCAUGCACACACAGGGCCCACGCCUGUCAUGUCCCUCGACUUCCACCCUAAGAAAACUGAUCUUUUCUGUUUUAGUGACAAUGACAAUGAAAUCCGCUACUUUAAUAUUAAUCCAUUUGCAUGCACUCGUGUUUCUAAGGGAGGCACAGCUCAAGUGAGAUUUCAACCAAGAAUUGGACAUCUACUGGCAGCAGCAUCAGAUAAAGUAGUUUCCAUCUUUGACGUUGAAACUGAUAGACAAACAUUUACAUUCCAGCAGGGACAUUCUGAAAUGGUAAACUACAUAUGCUGGGAUGCAAAUGGAGAUAUUCUGGCAUCUGUUAGUCAGAACUUGGUGAAGAUUUGGUCUUUGGCGUCAGGGGAGUGCAUUCAGGAGUUUGGUUCCAGUGGAAACCAGUAUCAUUCAUGUGUUUUCCAUCCAAGCUAUUCAACUCUCCUGGUGAUUGGAGGAAUUUCGUCAUUGGAGCUAUGGAACAUGGCAGAGAAUAAGAGUAUGACAAUUUCAGCCCAUGACAACAUUAUCUCGGCCUUGGCACAGUCACCUGUGAAUGGAAUGGUAGCUUCCGCAAGUCAUGACACAUCUGUUAAGCUGUGGAAAUAAUUCCAGAUGUUAGUUUUGCAGAAGUCAGUUGGGUUUCAUGCAAUGGCAUGGUUGCUCGCUUGUUAGAUCACUUAUGCAAUUUUUUUUUUUUUUACAAUAUUUAUCCCACAUGUGUAAUUUGUAUCACUUCUUUUUCUUCUUUUAAAAAAAAUUGUGAUUCUAUUUGGGUCAAGAUUAUGAAAAUCUAGAAGCAAAAGGAGCAGUUUGAUUGGCGGAAGACCGAGUGGUAGAUUGCUAAUUGGCUCUACAUCACAUGUACCCAAUUGUGAUCUUGUUA